CCAAUACUAGUACUGUGAUUUAGGGGUUUCCCGUCCCAGUGACGUCGAUAUCGGGGAAGGCAUCGUUCUCGCCUUACAACAAGACUUUGAGGGAAAAUCAUGAAGCGCAUCAAUUCCUCUCAGGACGACAACGUGCCCAUCUAUAUAUUCCUGCUCUUGUUCCUGAUUCUUGGGCUGAGUUUUCUGGGCACUUAUCUCGACACCGUCAACUUUGCUAGUGGCAAAUGCAGAAAAUCUACUGUGCGGUUUCGAGCUUAGCUUCGACUCAACAUUGACUGAGUAGUUACUUUACCUUAACUCGGUACAUUUUAUCAACAACAACAACAACAACAACAACGCAACUUGACUGCAAACAACCUCUCUCCACCCUCACCGCUACCCACAACAUCAUCAUCCACAACAUCACCUUUGAAUAUCCAACAUCAUCAAAAUGGCCGGAACAUGCUCCAUGAUUUGCCUCAUCCUAGUCACCCUCUUCAUCCCCCCUCUCGGCGUAUUCCUCAUCUCCGGCUGCAGCCCCGACUUUUGGAUCAAUCUCCUCCUCACAAUUCUAGGGUACCUGCCCGGCCACAUCCACGCCUUCUACCUCGAGUACAUCUACUAUCGCAACGCCGACGCGGCGGUCGCUCCCAAGCGGGCGCCGGGAGUGUACUCGGAGCGGAUCCAGCGAGGGGCGCAUCACCGGCAUCAGCAGACUACGAAUUAUGGAACUAUUUAAACGGAGAUGUGUGGUUCGGCACUUGUGGUGGACCGUUGCUACUUAGGUGUUGACUUUCGUCUGUCUGUGGGCUUUAUGUUUCGGAUCGUGGUGUGAUUUCCCCCUUUGAUUGUUUAAGUUGAUUAUGUUGUUUGUGCGCGCGGUGAGCGAGACUGGUUUGGAUGGACUUUUGAGAAUGACUGAGACUGAGGAUGAUGUGAUUCCCACACUUCCUUGGGGUAUACCUACCUACCCUUAAUGCUUAUUUCUUCCUGGCUGUGUAUCUUUAUAAUACCUCCUCUCCUCCUUCCUUACGACACAAACACCCAAUAUGACUUGAUGCGUAAUGUGAAC